AUGGAAGUUGAUACAGAUUUAGUUACACCAAGUGAUUUGGUAUCAAACCAUGAGGCAAACUAUGAGACAAGCUAUGAGGCAAACUAUAAGGCAAACUAUAAGGCAAACUAUGAAGCAAACUAUGAGGCUAACUAUAAAACUAACCAUGAGACAAAUGAUAAGACAAACUAUGAUACAAACUACAAGACUAUAACACUUGAUAAUGCUUCCUCCAAUAAUGUAGUUAUUAAUAAACUUGCUGAUAAGCUUACUUCUCUUUCAGUUGAU